CUUCGAUCUAAGUACAGUACGGAAUCGAAAGUUGCUCAAGACGGAAGGAUUAACUGGAGCCGCCAGAAGGAUACGGUACCCAUGCAUUGGUCCAUGGUUAAAAUUUAAAGUGUUAAAAAAGCCCCUGUGUCAAGUGUUAUUUUAUCGAAGCAAGUGUUAAGUUGACUUCCAUCACUCCAUCCGACCAUGAAGAAGCAGUUGCUCGUGACGUUGGUCAUCGUGUCGUUGCUGUUAAUUUUCACCGAUGCGCAAACGUUCCAGUACUCACGUGGUUGGACUAAUGGGAAACGAUCUUCACCGGUUCUUCUUCCGGAGCAGCUAUUCGAGCCCAGAUCCUUCGGAAGCCAGGCGCCGAUUGGCGUGGCCGGACAUUUGCCCAUCGCAUCCCCGAAAGACAGCCUAAACGGUGAUAAACUAAUACUGAAGCGCUUCCUCAAAUCGCCAUGCGACGCUCGGCUCGCCAAUGCCGCCGCCAUAAUUGUGAACCGCAACAAGGAUCUUCUUCAGCAGCUGGUCGGAAACCCGGAUAUCCUGGGAAACGCGUUGGACCUCUAUGACCCACUGGCAAUCGCCGCCGCUGAUCAACAACAACAACCGGCAGCGCUGCGACCGCAUCACCUUAUGAUGGACAGCAGCGAAGGAGGUUCUCAAACGCCCACCGGUGCUGCCGGUGGUGCCGAUGAUAUACGCUUCAAGCGCGACAUUUCCGGUAGCCGAGAUGGCCGAAAGGUUCUUUGAAUCGGCGACCCGUCCUAGCUUUCCGUCUGGCCGGAACUCUGAACACCUUAGCGGACAUUUCUUCGGGUUUUGUGGCUUUUGCGGAAUCGGCCCUUACUGACUGAUGAAGUCACUUUUGGAAAGUUAAAUACAACUCGGAGCUGUGGGGCAUUGUUUGUGUGCGGAAACAUUGUACUGUUUGUAUAUUUUAUCAUUUGGAGCUGUACAGAAAAAAAAAGUGAUUUUGCAACUCAAAUACAGUAGCUAUCGAUAACAAUAAAAAAAAUGAAAU